AUGGAAGAAUUCCGUCGACCAAUCUUCAAGCUUAUAUACAAUUCAUCUUCUCAAGGUUCGUGUACAUCGAAACUCAUUCCGGAUCAUGUCGAUCUUGAUUGUCUUCCAUCAACUUUAACAUCUGCUCAAACGGAUCAAAUUGAUAGUCUUCAACAACUUAAAGUGACAACAUCGACCGGUAUUGAUGUGUCAGUAUCAGCACAAGGCUGGGGUUCAUUAUCUGCUCUAUCAUUCAGCUAUGGCUAUUCCAAGCAAACAACACAUAUGAUUGAUAAUAUUGUUAAACAAAGUUCCACAAUGUUCUUCUCAUUGGCUAAAGUUUCAUAUGUAAAAUUAUCUAUGUUCGAACUAACACUGUCAUUAUCAGAUAAAUUCAUCUAUGUGAUCGAGAACAUGCCUUGUUGUACCUAUAAUUCAAGUGUUCAACGAUAUGUUUAUGAUUUUAUUAUCGAUUAUUUUGGUUAUGCUUAUAUAUAUGAAAUUAUGCUUGGUGGUAUUGCACAAGAUUUGAUGAGCGUUCGCACACGAGAUGUGACACAGCUUGAAAGUGAAACUAUUAAGAAGUCAUCCAUAAAGGGCAUUUAUCGACAUUGGGGUCUUAUCUUUCUAAUCGUUUUACAAUAA